AUGGCCACUAAAACUAUUGCGAGUGCUACUGUGAGGGCAGUUAAAAAAAGAUUACUACCUUCUCGAGCUGCUCUAGUCUUAACUCCUUCCGCAAGAGGCUGUAAUGGAUUAUCAUAUACAUUGGACUAUGCGAAAGGUAAAGAUAAAUUAGACGAAGAAGUCAAACAGGAUGGAGUUACCAUAAUUAUCGACCGAAAAGCACAAUUAACAUUGUUAGGCACUGAAAUGGAUUUUGUUGAGAGUAAACUUUCAGCGGAGUUUGUAUUUAAUAAUCCAAACAUAAAGGGCACAUGUGGCUGUGGAGAAUCUUUUAGUAUAUAAAAUUAUGUAGUAUUUGCUGACUAGUCUAUAUUUUAAUUGCAUAGAGGUUACUAUCAAGCAAUUAUUGUCCUUCACAUUAUUCAAACACCGAAACAAUUUUAACAUAAUUAUUGCUGAAUACAAUACUAUUUUAUUGCACUUGUGCAAAUACAUGAAUUUGGUAAUAUUUGCUUAAACAAUAAUGUAUUGAAAAACACAGUUGGAAUCUUCUAUCUUACUUUUAGAUAUAGUUAAAUUGAAAAUGUAUAUUUUCUGUACCUGUUGAUAUUAGUGUAAAAUGAAAAAUAAAUUUGAAA